AUGAUCACCAGCACCACUGCAGCCCCCUUCUCCAUGCCAGAGACCACCCAAUCCUCACCAGGGCUGACCUCCAAGAGCACCUCACCCACGACCACCAGCACCACAGCAGCCCCCUCCUCCACGCCAGAGACCACCCAAAGCACACCAGGGUUGACCUCCAGGAAAACCUCACGCACUGCCACCACGGGAGCCACGACUUCCACCUUGACCACUCAGGAGACCACCAAAACCACACCAGGACAGACCUCUAGAACCACAUCACACAUGACCACCAACAUCACUGCAAGACCACCCAAACCACACCAGGACUGA